UACAGCAUUUGUAUUUAUCCAUACCUGAAUGUUUUCCAUAGUGUCCAUUUUAGUUUAUUUUAAUGUGCGGUGACGUGAUCUUAAGAAGAAGCCUCUACAGUAUAAUGAAAUUUAUAGACUAAAAUAAAAACUGAACCACGGCCCAAAUAGAUACAUCAAACCACGCCCACACCAUUAGUUCGCAACACAGCACUCAGGUCUGUCGUCACGUGCAACUGACACUUUACAGAACACCGUCGACCCUCCGGCAAAGGAACCUCAUUAAAACAGAACAAACACAAGAAAAAGUCAUCACAUGCGGGUCAAGAUGAAGUGGUCUUCAUUUGCCGUUCUGUGUCUGACACUUUUCUAUCAUUUGUCUUUGGCCAAGAGAGGAGGGGGAGGUUUUGGCAAAGGCUUUGGCUUCAAGAAACCCUCCACAUCGAACCGAGGCAGGACCCACACUAAUACUGGUAACAAAAACAACCAGGGCAGCAGUUCUCAAGGUUUGUCCCCAAAACAUCCCACACAAAACAAUCAAGGAGGCUACAAUCAACACCCAGGCAGACCUGGCAGUUACCCCCAGCAGCCAAGCGGAGGAGGUUACCAUAACCAGUACCCAGCACAUGGAGGAGGCUAUGGUAGUUAUGGUGGUCAUGGGUUUGGGGCUGGUAAUGGCAGAUAUGGAGGUUAUCCUAGUGGAUACAUCAAUCACAACCCAAACAACCCCAUCCUGAACCCUCGCUAUGGCAGCAAUUUUGGAUACCAAGGCCAAGGGUUUGGGGGAGGCUCUCCAUUUUCACGUUCUGUUCAGGCAAUGAAUGUGAUGCCCAACGAUAAAUCCAGAGGUUUUGGACACAGUGCGGCCAUGGCGGCAGCGGGUGGGGCUAUGGCUGGAAUGGCUUUGGGCUAUGGUUUGGGAACGUUUCCCCGUCCUCACUUCCACUUUCGCAACCCCACAGAAGAGUACUAUUAUAACCACUAUAUGCACAGGAAAUACAAUAUGAAGUCUACAGAUGCAAAUGAUUAUGGUAGAGACUUCAGGAACAGACCACCCCCUAAGUCCUAUGAUGACUUCAUGGGAUCCUGCAUGAAGAGAACGGACAUUCUGCCUCCAGCUACAAAUCAAAACAACAAACUGACAGCUACUACUGCAGCUAUGCUCGUGACUUCCUCUCCUGAUACUGACGUAAGAGAGACCAACAACACCAGUUCUAGUAACUCCUCAGCAUUAGCACCUCUCUCUCCAAAUCAACCUCAAGCCGAUCUGGUGUCUCCCUCUCCAAAGACAGUCAGCAGUGAAAUAUAUGAUGACACAGUCAGUAUCGUGGAGAUCGGAUAUCCAGCAUUGAUUGAGCAAGUUAAGGCCAGGAGAUGCUUGGAGCGCUACAUGCUUUACUCAGAAAACUACACGACAGGACAGACUGGUGGCACAUCCGGGCUGGAGAUGUCCAUGAGCAAGCUUUUAAUUGUUCUCACUAGCGCUUUAGUGGUGCUGCUUAAUAGUACCACAGGAAUCCAUCUGCAUUAGUGGCUAAAAUGUUCGAGACUAGAUGUAGAUUUUGUGGUGUUUGUUCCUAUUUGCUUCAGGAAACCUGCUGUAUGCUCAGCGGCAACAUAGGGCUCUUACAUUUAUUGCUUGAUGAUGUGACGUGUACAAGGUAAGGUACAGUAUGUACAGCAUAUCACAUUGAAGCAACAUUAUACAGGUAUGUUCUCAACUUGGAAUGCAGUAUAUAUUUUCUCUCCUCUGAAAUCGUCUAAAUAACUGGCAGCACAAGUGAUUGUCAUUGUAAUCUGAUUGGAUGGAUGGACAUAAAUAUUUGUCCAUUGUGCUAUUUAGAACAGCAGCAGGAGUUGAGCACUUAGCGUGUCCCAGGAGACGUAACCGGUUUACCUGGUGCGUCACAGUAAUGUCAGAGUUUUAAUUUCACUAAUCUGAAUGCAAGUAAGAGUUAUUGUCUCAGAAUGUUUGUUUUAUUGGUUCCUAUUCACAAAUGUUGUGGUCCCCCAACCUAUGGGCGGACCUCAGUUUGAGAAUCCCUGCUUUAUGCAUAUUGCCAUCUGUUUGCGCAACGAAGGAAUGCUAUGAUAUGAUUCAACUUCAAUGAUCUCAACCCUAUUAGUCAAGCAUCUUCUCUCUUUAAAAGUGGAAAUACGGUACAAUGUAGCAAGUCCUAUGAAAUACACUCACAUAUUACUGUGCCUCUAUUAUUAAGCAUACAGUUGUGCCGUCACGCCAUAAGAAUCUAUUUUUCAGUAUAAAGCAAAGGCUCCUUUAUUUGAAUGCUAAUGUAUGUUGUGUCUUUCUGUAUCACUGUACGUGUGUUUUUUAAUGCGUGUUUUUAUAUAACCACCUCAACUUCCUCUGUGGUGUCCGCGCAAGUGCUCUUACAUUAAAAGCCUCCUGAUGCACUGACAUUUUUCCAAUGUGAGUUUAUGCUUUGGUACAUUUGGAUUGGCGCCAUCCAUUUUAUAAAUGUGAAACAGUAAUUUUGAUGAUGAAUGUUUCAACUUCACUCCUUUUUCAGUUGAAUGGAAUAUUUAUAUAGAAAUCGCAAACCUUGGACAAGAUAGAAAGAUUGUCUACAACAGGGGUCACCAACGUUUUUCCUUGUGAGAGCUACUUUUAGAAAAUGAAAAUGGCCACGAGCUACUCAUUUUUGUAGAAAUGAUUUUCAUACCUUAUUUCAACCCAAACAAAUCAAAUAUGCUUGUUUUACAAAAACAUUAACAAAAUGCUGGUAUCCACAACUCACAUUUUAUGUUUCAGAAUACAUUUCUUUGUAGUGUUCUCACAUUAUUAACUGAAAACCUGAAUGAAAAGCAGGCCUGCGGGCACCUCAUGUGGUCGUAGGGGACUACCUGGUGCCCGGGGGCUACCUGGUGCCCGCGGACACUGUGUUGGUGACCCCUGGUCUACAAUAUAUCAAUGCAAAGGAUUUGUGUCUACCUAUGCCAUCACUUUAUAACACUGCAGUACUGCAACUUUCCUGACUUGUUGGAUUAUUUAUAGUUGUUGUGUUGAGUUAUACUGCGCAAGGUAACAUAACUGGGAGGAAGAGUGAUUACAUUAAUCAUGCAAAAUGUCUUGACAGUUGUUUUCCAAGCUUUUCCCUCAUUGUCACUUUGCUGUCUGGCCUCCAUUUUCUAAACUGAGUGAUGCUGUGACCACAGGAUACUGUACUUUAAUGUGCAAUGAGCCUUUAGUUUACAUGACAUGUUAAAAGUGUCAUAACAUGCAGGCUUUUUGUUAACCUGUUUUCUUCUUUGAAUGUAUUUGCAAUGCAUACCAUUGGGGAAAAUGUCACAUUUUUGCAUGUGCCUAGCACAAUAUGUACACUCUAUGUAAAGUCCUUACUGCCUCCUACAGUAUUUUAAUUUGGGAGAAUCUCCAAAAAUGUCAGUGUUAACAAUGUUAAUACAUACUGUAGCAUGCUAACAAGAAGCUAACAAGAAGUAUGAGUGGCUGCAUUUCUCUGCAUGCAGGCCUAUAAUGAAGGUUGAUAAAUAAACGUUGAUAAAUGAAACAUUAUUAUAACAAUAAAAAUGCAAAUAUUCAAACCACAGGAACUAGAGUUGCGAGGGGCUUGGGUCACCUGGUGUGGCUUGGUAGAGCGCCCUCUUGUC